AUGCCUCCUCGUCAAUCGAAAAUACCCAAGAGAAGUGAGAAAUUGGAAAACGAUGUGAACGAAAUGGAAAAAGUUAUGAAGAUGCUUCGAAGUCAAAUAGAUGAAGAACGCGCGAAAGUAAAUCAAGGUCCACAUUGGGUAGCAGGUGCCGAAGGACCUAUUACAAAAUUUGACCCACACAGUCAAUUUGCAAGAAACAUUAUCAGAAAGAAAAAACCAGCAGCAAAAGAUGCAACGAAAAAAGAUUCUCAACGAAAUUCAGCCAGAUCUGCUCAAAAAGAAGAACCACCUCAAGAAUUAAAGCCAUCUCAACCUGAAGAACCAGUACAACCUGAAAAGAUAUCUCCUAAAAAGAGAAAAGUUGAAAUUGUCGUAGAAAAACAGGCUGGUGCACUUUGGGGAUACAACCAUGAAAUGGGAAUAUCUCCAAUGGAUAAUGAUGAGGAAGAAGAUAUGCCAAGAUCUGGUGGUGGAGCAUUAUGGGGUCCUCCACCUGACGAAAGGGAAAAUGCGAAAGCAUUUCAAGAAGAAUUACAACGCCAACGAGCAGGAAGAAAUGCAGAACAGCCAAAACAGACAGAAAAUCAAAUUCAAAAUCAAGAUGAAGAGGAAACAAAUCCUCCGCCAAAGAAAGGAGGUGCCCUUUGGGGUCCACCACCUGAUGAAGAGGCAGAAGCCGAGAAAUUCAGAAGAGCUGUUGAAAAAUUCCGAGGAGGAAGUGAUCAAAAGGUUGAUGAGAAUGGUUUACCUAUACCUGUGGCUGUUGAAAAGUCUUCAUCUGGCGCAGAACCAAUGGCUCCCACAAAUUUACGUCCUCAACCAAAACCAACCGGAUUUACAUAUUUUGACAUGCUUGUUAACAAGGAUAUUUUAGAUGAUGUAAGAUAUAUUGAUAAGCAAUAA